AUGCUGGAGGAUAAAUACAUAGGGCUGGUCCUGGCGAUCACCUCGUCGCUGGCAAUCGGAAGCUCGUUCAUUCUUACGAAAAUGGGGCUGAAUGCAGCAUCAGAACAGAAUAACUUCGAAGGCGCAGGCUACGAAUACCUAAAGAACCCAAUUUGGUGGGGAGGAAUGGCCACCAUGGCCAUUGGAGAAGUGGCAAACUUCGCCGCGUACACUUUUGCACCUGCGAUCAUGGUUACGCCGCUGGGCGCGCUGUCUGUGAUCAUCGGUGCCAUUUUGGCAGCAGUGUUCUUAAAAGAAGAAUUGGGCACUCUUGGCAAACUUGGGUGCACAGUGUGCUUGUUGGGAUCCGUUAUCAUUAUUUUGCAUGCGCCCUCAGACAAGGAAAUUCAAACCGUGGACGAGAUCCUCGGAUACGCAAUGCAACCGGCAUUUUUGUUCUACACGCUAAGCGUGGCCGUCUUCACAGUCUUCAUGAUUACCAAAGUGGUUCCUCAAUACGGCACCAAAAACCCUAUGGUCUAUAUUUCUAUUUGUUCCACCGUGGGCUCAAUUUCUGUGAUGUCCAUUAAAGCUUUCGGCAUAGCAUUGAAACUAACUCUGAGUGGAAACAACCAAUUUACACACUUUUCCACAUACCUUUUCAUCUUGGUGGUAGUUGUUUGCAUUAUGACUCAAAUGAACUACUUCAACAAGGCUUUGGAUCAAUUCGAUACGUCGAUCGUCAACCCAUUGUACUACGUGACCUUCACCACUGCAACGCUGGUGGCGUCAUUUAUUCUGUUCCGCAACUUUGACCAAAGCGACCAAAAAGACUCAGUGUCCCUUGUGUGCGGGUUCUUCAUCAUCUUUACCGGAGUUUAUCUCUUGAACUUGGCCAGAAAGAAAAAUCACGACAGACUGUUCAGUCAUCAAUCGGAUGUUGAGAACAUUCCCCUCGACAAUAAUGUGGGUGGUUUCACUGUAAGGAAAUCAUUCCAGGGCACGCAUCACAGAAUUGCGUCUCAAACCUACCAAAGUGAAGAAAUGGUCCAUCUUACGCGAGAUGAUCCGGACCUUGAUAGAUUCAAAGUGUAG